AUGGAGGAGAUGGCGGAGAAGACCCCGCAGAAGCCCUCCAAGCACCCUGACAGCAAGGCUAAGGGCGGCACCCCGAGGCGCAAACGAGGCAAAUGCACCCCUUCCGUGAAGCGACAGCUGGACUUUGACACCCCCAGCACCACGAAGAAGCCCAAAAAGGCGAAGCGGGAGCCUCCGGCCACACCAUGUGAGAGUGCGAAAAAUGAUGAUUUGUCGGAAGUCGACAGUGAUGAUGAUGAUGACGAUGACCUCUUCAAGGGCAAGUUUGGUAGAGUGGCUCCACACAAAGCCACCAAAGCCAAAAAGGCCAAGGCGGAGCAGGCGGAGGAGGAGAAGGGCGAGAGUGGCGACGAGGGCGACACCCCGCUCGUCAAGGAGCACAGCAAGGAGAAGCCUGAUGAUGAUGAGAAGCUCGACAAGGAGCCCGAGGAGCAGACCGUCCCUCCCAUCGAUGAUUUGCUUUUGGCUUUGCUCCCUGCCAGCCAGUCUAAGCUUCUCGGUUUCAUUCAUUCGAAACUGACAGUUGCAGCCAGCAAGAAGCUAAGCAUUGAGGUUCCUUUCGAUGGGUCAGAACUAAGGUGCGAUGUUGCCCACUUCGCUGCGAUCCUGCAGUCCGAGGACAUUUUGACCCUGGACGAUGCUGUGGAUGCCCUCAGCGACUUGACAGGCGACUGGACACGGCAGCUCGGCGAAACCGCUCGUCUGGCUGCAGACUCCCUGACGUUGAAGGGCAAACGAGCCCUGAUGCAGUGGACGGAACUGCAGCUCAUGGACUUGAGCACGAUGUGGCGAGGUUUUGGCAUGAAGAGCCCCAGGCUGCCGACAGAGAACUAUGUGGUCACUGGGCCAAUUCUCAAACUCUGGGAAGGGAGUAGAAUAGGCGAGUGGGAGUUUCCACAGAGUCUGCCGACAGAGAACAUUAUAUGUCAUUGGGCAAGUUCUGAAAUCCGGCAAAAGAGCAAAAUAAGCGAGUGCGAGAUUUCUCAGAGUUUGCCGACAGAGGGCAAUGUUGCCAUUGGGCGAGUUCUCAGACUUUGUGAAGAGAGCACAAACUGUCAAUGGGAGUUUUCGACAGAGGGCAAUGUGGUCAUUGGGGGAGUUCUCAGAAUCUGGGAAGAGAGCAGAAUCGGCGACUGGGAGUUUUCUCAGAGACUGCCGACAGACACUCAUGUGGUCAUUGGGCGAAUUCUCAGACUCUGCGAAGACAGCAGAAUCGGCGAUUGGGAGUUUUCUCAGAGUCUGGCGACAGCGGGCAAUGUUGUCAUUGGGCGAGUUCUCAGACUCUGGGAAGAGAGCACAAUCGGCGACUGGGAGUUUUCUCAGAGUCUGCCGACAGAGAACUAUGUGGCCAUUGUGCGAGUUCUCAGACUCUGGGAAGAGACCAAAAUGGGUGAAUGGGAGUUUUCUCAGAGUCUGCCGACAGAGGACUAUGUGGUCAUUGGGCUGGCAGAGAACUAUGUGGUCAUUGGGCGAGUUCUCAGACUCUGCGAAGAGAGCAGAAUCGGCGACUGGGAGAUUUCUCAGAGGCUGCCGACAGACACUCAUGUGGUCAUUGGGCGAAUUCUCAGGCUCUGCGAAGAGAGUAGAAUCGGCGAAUGGGAGUUUUCUCAGAGUCUGCCGACAGAGAGCUAUGUGGUCAUUGGGCGAGUUCUCAGACUCUGGGAAGAGAGCACAAUCGGCGACUGGGAGUUUUCUCAGAGUCUGCCGAGAAAGAACUAUGUGGUCAUUGGGCCAAUUCUCAAACUCUGCGAAGAAAGCAGAAAAUGGGACUAUGUGGUCAUUGGGCGAGUUCUCAGACUAUGGGAAGAGAGCAGAAUCGGCGACUGGGAGAUUUCUCAGUGGCUGCCGACAGACACCCAUGUGGUCAUUGGGCGAAUUCUCAGACUCCGCGAAGAGAGCAGAAUCGGCGAAUGCUAUGUGGUCAUUGGGCGAGUUCUCAGACUCUGGGAAGAGAGCAGAAUCGGCGACUGGGAGUUUUCUCAGAGUCUGGCGACAGAGAACUAUGUGGUCAUUGGGCGAGUUCUCAGACUCUGGGAAGAGAGCAGAAUCGGCGACUGGGAGAUUUCUCAGAGGCUGCCGACAGACACUCAUGUGGUCAUUGGGCGGGUUCUCAGACUCUGGGAAGAGAGCACAAUCGGCGACUGGGAGUUUUCUCAGAGUCUGGCGACAGAGAACUGUGUGGUCAUUGGGCGAGUUCUCAGACUCUGGGAAGAGAGCACAAUCGGCGACUGGGAGUUUUCUCAGAGUCUGCCGAGAAAGAACUAUGUGGUCAUUGGGCCAAUUCUCAAACUCUGGGAAGAGAGCACAAUCGGCGACUGGGAGUUUGCUCAGAGUCUGCCGACAGAGAACUAUAUGGUCAUUGGGCGACAGAAAAUGGGUGACUGGGAGUUUUCCCAGAAUCUGCCGACAGAGGGCAAUGUUGCUAUUGGGGGAGUUCUCAGACUCUGUGAAGACAGCAGAAUCGGCGAAUGGGAGCUUUCUCAGAGUCUGCCGACAGAGGGCAAUGCUGUCAUUGGGGGAGUUCUCAGACUCUGGGAAGAGAGCACAAUCGGCGACUGGGAGUUUUCUCAGAGUCUGCCGACAGAGAACAAUAUUCUCAGACUCUGGGAAGAGAGCACAAUCGGCGACUGGGCGAUUUCUCAGAGGCUGCCGGCAGACACUCAUGUUGUCAUUGGGCGAAUUCUCAGACUCUGGGAAGAGACUAGAAUAGGCGAGUGGGAGUUUUCUCAGGGUCUGCCAACACGAGGCAAUGUUGUCAUUAGAAGAAAUCUCAGACUCUGGGAAGAGAGCACAAUCGGCGACUGGGAGUUUUCUGAGAGUCUGGCGGCAGACACUCAUGUGGUCAUUGGGCGAAUUCUCAGACUCUGCGAAGACAGCAGAAUCGGCGACUGGGAGUUUUCUCAGAGUCUGCCGACAGAGAACUAUGUGGUCAUUGGGCGAGUUCUCAGACUCUGGGAAGAGAGCAGAAUCGGCGAAUCGGAGUUUUCUCAGAGUCUGGCGACAGAGAACUGUGUGGUCAUUGGGCGAGUUCUCAGACUCUGGGAAGAGAGCACAAUCGGCGACUGGGAGUAUUCUCAGAGUCUGCCAACAGAGAACGAUGUGGUCACUGGGCGAAUUCUCAGACUCUGCGAAGAGAGUAGAAUCGGCGAAUGGGAGUUUUCUCAGAGUCUGCCGACAGAGGGCAAUGCUGUCAUUGGGCGAGUUCUCAGGCUCUGGGAAGAGAGCACAAUCGGCGACUGGGAGUUUGCUCAGAGUCUGCCGACAGAGGACUAUGUGGUCAUUGGGCGAAUUCUCAGACUCUGCGAAGAGAGCCGAAUCGGCGAAUGGAAGUUCGGAGUUGUCUCAGAGUCUGCCGACAGCGAACUAUGUGGUCAUUGA